AAUAUAACUAGCAGCAUAGUUGGAGGUCAAAAAAGUGAUUACGUAUCUCGUGAAGAAUUGCAAUAGAAAGCAGACCAAGCAGGUUUUGAGUUUUUGUGGCAUAUGUUCUAGAAUGUUUAAAAAUGUGAAUCAUCGAAUUGAAUCACCCGCAAGAAUGUAAGAUAGAUAAUCUCAUCGGUAAUGUAAUCGUUGCCCUGGAAUAUUUCAUUAUGAACGAGCAUGGAAAAGUAAACAAAAAACCACUGAACUUUCAUCUCUCGUGUUUGCAAACAUUGUCAACCGGUUGCAUCAGAAAGUAAACACAAACAUGCUCCGUCAGCUCAAAAUCAGAUCAUUAGAUGCGAGCCGAGAUUCAUCGAUAUCGGUCUUGGAAACGAGGAGAUAAUGACGCCCAUCCACGAGGAUGACCAGAUCGUAUUAAAAAAACAUGUAAUCGAUGAACAAGGGUCAGUGGAAAAUAACGAAGAGAAUGAGGUAAUUUCUGUUCGACUGUUAAAUAGUUUCCAAUUGACACCAUUUUCUUCAAUAUCGACCGAAGUACAAAAUAUUUUGUACGAGAACGUUCAAGAAACGCCAGAAAAUAAUACAGCACAAAAACCUAUUAAUGAAUGGAACAUCACCAUGGUUCCAUAUGAUAGAAUAAAAACAACGAUGACUCCAAGCUCAAAUAAUACGAGUCCGAAAGUAGUACAAAGCAUCACCGACGAUUCACUCGAACAUGAUUGGGUUUAUUCUCGGCUAGAAAUUCCAGAGUCGACUGAAGAGCCGAAUAAAUCAUUCACAACAACAGAUGCUAAAACUUGGGACACAUCUGAGAGACAAAUAUCAAAAAGCACUACUGCUCUAGUGAACACCAGCACGGUACGGAACUCACAUCCUCCAGAGAUUGUUGUGGCAUCUAGAAAACGAACGGCGCGGAAUAAAAAUUCAUAUCACUCGUGGCAGUCCGACCUAAAUAAUAUCAAUCUUGAAGAUCUGGACUAUUCGGAAGUACUCGACGAAAUAAUGCAGAGUGAGCUAUCCUCCAGCAGUUCUGGCGCUGAGAGUGAAGAGCAAUCCGAUGAGUAUACGGAUCAGCCAUCCGAAGAACAACAUAACUCGAUCGGCAACUGUAGAUGUGCUGAAAAGAAUCGACCAACGAAAGUGACCAAAUGUGACCAUCCUAGAUCACCCCAACAUAUCUUUCGACGUAGACUUCACAACAGGCACGAUGGCCAAGUUGUAGAUGACUCAUCAUCGCCUAAUCUAAGCAUUGAGCAUACGGAACGAAUGCAAAGUGCUUUUGAACGAUUCAUGGGCCUGGUAACAAUAAUGUCUCAUGUCGAUAGCUUUAUUCAAAAGAAAGCCAAGCAGUCGAUAAGACGACUAGCACGACUCUAUGAAAGUAAUGAACAUAUUUGAAACUGUAA